AUGUCCCCAGCAGAGCAGGGAUUCUCUCUUAGAAUCAUCAAGCCCCCUCUCCCGAGAUGCUGGCUUCUGCGCCCACUGCGCCCCUCGCUCCUGACCUCAACCCUCUUCAUCGGCAGUCCUGGAGCUCACUCUUCUGAGCCCCAAGCCCCUACCAGAACUCAGGGGCUUCGUGUCGUCCCUGCCCCAGGUGACAGCUUCGCGGUGAGCGCCGCCUGGGCUCGGAAAGGCAUCGAGGAGUGGAUCGGGAGGCAGCGCUGCCCGGGCGGUGUCUCAGGACCCCGACAGCUGCGGUUGGCGGGGACUGUUGGCCGAGGCACCCGGGAGCUUGUGGGUGAAGUUUUCAGAGAAACACUCAGCGAGGAGGAAGAAGAGGACUUCCGACUAGAAGUGGCCCUGCCUCCUGAGAAGACUGAUGGGCUGGGCAGCACAGAUGAGAAGAAGAUGGAGAAAGCCGGCGAGUCUUGCCCAGGCUCCAAGAAGCAGCUGAAAUUUGAAGAGCUGCAGUGUGACGUGUCAGUGGAGGAGGACAGCCGGCAGGAAUGGACCUUCACGCUCUACGACUUUGACAACAAUGGCAAGGUCACCCGCGAGGACAUCACCAGCUUGCUGCACACCAUCUAUGAGGUAGUCGACUCCUCUGUCAACCACUCCCCAACGUCCAGCAAAACGCUGCGAGUGAAGCUCACCGUGGCCCCCGACGGGAGCCAGGGCAAGAGGAGCGUCCUUCUCAAUCCCACUGACCUGCAGAGCACGAGACCCAGAGCAGAGACCAAGCCUGCCGAGGAGCUGCGAAGCUGGGAGAAGCAGCGAGCCCCGCUCAGGUUCCAGGGUGACAGCCGUCUGGAGCAGUCUGGCUGCUACCACCAUUGCGUGGAUGAAAACAUCGAGAGGAGAAACCACUACUUAGAUCUCGCCGGGAUAGAAAACUACACGUCCCAGUUUGGGCCUGGCUCCCCUUCAGUGGCCCAGAAGUCAGAACUGCCCCCCCGCACCUCCAACCCCACUCGGUCUCGCUCCCAUGAGCCAGAAGCCAUCCACGUCCCACACCGAAAGCCCCAAGGCGCGGACCCGGGCUCCUUCCAUUUCCUUGACACCCCGAUCGCCAAGGUCUCAGAGCUCCAGCAGCGGCUCCGGGGCAUCCAGGAUGGGACCAAGCACUUUGUGAGGUCCCCCAAGGCCCAGGGCAAGAGUGUGGGUGUGGGCCACGUGGCCCGAGGGGCAAGAAGCAAGCCCCCACUGGGACCCAGCGUCCCUGCGGUGUCCCCCUCCGCCCACCUGGCCGCCAGCCCAGCCCUCCUUCCCACCCUGGCACCCCUCGGGCACAAGAAGCACAAGCACCGAGCCAAGGAGAGCCAGCAGGGCUGUCGGGGUCUGCAGGCACCGCUGGCCCCGGGCAGCGUCGUCGUGGGGCGGGAGCACGUGAGGGAGCUGCCCGCCAUGGUGGUGUACGAGAGCCAGGCCGGGCAGGCGGUCCAGAGACACGAGCACCACCACCACCAUAAACAUCACCACCAUUACCACCACUUUUACCAGACAUAGAGCCCCUCCCCAGGACCCCACCCUGCCAGAUGAAGGACCCCCACCCCCGACGCCCCCAGGCAUCAUUAUUCUAUUAAUUAUUGUUAUUAUGACGAUUAUUGUUAUUAAUAAUUAUUGUUACUCCACUAAUAUUUAGCUAGCCUUCAUGUAGAAGAUAUAUGGAAACAGAAACUAAACUUUUAUUUA